AUGAAGGCUAUUCCGAGUGAUUUCAUAAAACCAUUCCAGCUCUCUACAGAGCUAUGUUAUCGAGCUGAUGGAACAAUAUUUCCAUUUGAUCAAUUAAAAAAAUUACGUGUAAACAAUACUGAUCAUAAAAGUGCAUAUGUCAGUGAAAGCGACGCUGCAAAACGACCUUAUAUAUCGAAAGAUUAUACAAAUUUAACUGAAUUCAUUGUGAACACUCGUGAAGCUUUUAUGUCGCGUCGAUUAAAUCCAGGAAGUCAUUCAAUAUUCAACAUAUUUCGUAACCCUCCCUAUAAAGAUAUGGUAAAACCAUCUUGUGAUGGUUUAUGGAUGGAAUUCGGUGUAUUUCGUGGUUCUACUUUAUCUCAUAUGGCGAAUUGGAAAAGAACAUUUUGUGGUAAUGACAGCGAGCCAGUCUACGGUUUCGAUACAUUCAGUGGUCUACCGACACAUUGGAGACCUGGAUAUGGUCCUGGGCAUUUCAAUGUAGCUGAAGGAGAAAAAAUUGCGGUUCCUUCGAAUGCCGUGCUAGUAAAAGGGCUCUUUAUCGAUACACUACCUACUCAUCUUCGUUUAAUAGACCGUAGGUUUCGAUGUAAAACUCCAGUAUCGUUUAUUCAUAUUGAUUGUGAUAUUUAUGAUGGUGCAAGAGAUGUUUUAUUUCUUCUUGGUAGUCGAUUGGUGUCCGGCACAAUUUUAGUAUUUGACGAAUUAUUCAAUUACCCAAAUUAUGAGAAACACGAAAUCAAGGCUCUAUUUGAGCUUUUAGCAGGUUCAAAUUUACGACUCCUGCCAAUAGGAGCAAGCGAUAAUAUUGAUUUGAAACCAGUGCGAGAUAAAAGCCCAUUUUCGUUUGCUUUUGUUACCGAUAUUGAAUAA